AUGACGUAUUCACGAAUAUUUUUUGUUUUAUCUGUGCUUCAUGCAGUAUUAGGUGCACCGAAUUGCAGCAUCGACGAAGUACUGGAUAGUUGUCCAUCCGACUGCGCAUAUGACUACUGCCCGAAGGACGGAAAGCACGAUAGCACACCAUGUGUGAAGCCCACACAGUGUACACCGGAUUGCAAGUGCGCAUUCAAUUAUCGUCGUUACAAUGGCACGUGUAUACCUACUACUGAAUGUCCACCGUUCGCCUGCACAGGAAAGAAUGAGUAUUUUGAACCAUGCCCGCUCUAUUGUCCUGGUGAAGAUUGCAGCUCAGCCACGCCAACUGGAGAAUGUCCAUUCCUACUACUCAUUGCCGUUAACUGUUCUCCUAGUUGCCGCUGUCUGCCUGGUCACUGGAGGAAGGAUGGCAUCUGUGUUCCGUAUGAAGAAUGCCAUGAUGUAGGUGGCUAA